AAGUGGUUCUCUUCCGACGGAUGCCGGGGCGGGUCAACACGACACGAGGGGGCGCGCGGGUGCGGAGCGGCUGUCACCUCUGCUCAGGUCCUGACCCGGUUCCCGGUUCCUCUGCUGUCACACUCGGAAUCUCCGCGGUAAAACACGGCCGCUCGCGCGCGCGCCGUUUCCACGCACGUGCCUGAAGCCAUGCAGAGGUUUGGGUGUCUGAGGAUCUGCCGGCGGCUGCUGAGGUCCAGCUGUGAGGGGUCAGCGAACCCCCCCUGCAGGAGUUACAGCCCCGGCUGCGGCUCCUUUGGCCUUCUCUUCGACAUCGAUGGCGUUCUGGUCAGAGGCGGGACGCCUAUCCCCGCAGCCAAACGCAUCUUCAGGAACCUGGUGGACCGCAGGGGCCAGUACAAGGUUCCUGUGGUGUUCGUCACCAACGCCGGGAACUGCAUGAGGCAGGCCAAAGCGGAACAUCUGUCCCAUCUGCUGGAGGUGGAGGUGUCUCCAGACCAGGUGAUGCUGUCCCACAGUCCUUUGAGGGCAUUCUCCCAGUUCCACAAAAAGCACGUUCUGGUCUCAGGUCAGGGUCCUGUUGAGGAUGUGGCGCACAACUUGGGCUUUGAGGACAUCGUUACCAUAGAUAUGCUCAGAGAAGCGUACCCGGUCCUGGAUAUGGUGGACCAGAGCAGGCGGCCCAAGGACUCUAUUCCUCCCACUAGAGGCUUACGGCCAAUAGAAGCCAUUGUUUUGUUCGGAGAGCCAAUCCGGUGGGAGACCAAUCUCCAACUUAUCGUUGACGUUCUUCUGACAAACGGAGACCCAGACCGACCCUGGAGUACGGCCCAGCAUCCCCACAUCCCGGUUCUGGCCUGCAACAUGGACCUGCUGUGGAUGGCGGAGGCGAAGAACCCGAGGUUUGGCCACGGCAUGUUCCUGGUGUGCUUGGAGAACCUGUACCAGAAGGUCACGGGCCGCGAGCUGAAGUACGAAGCGCUGAUCGGUAAACCCAGCGUGGUGACCUACAACUACGCCGAGCUCCUGAUCCGACAGCAGGCUAAGAAGCUUGGAUGGAGCGGACCGGUGAAGAGGCUGUAUGCCAUAGGGGAUAACCCCAUGUCUGAUGUUUACGGUGCCAACCUCUACGAUCAGUACCUUCAGGCCCACCGCCACGCCAAAGCUGCAAACGCCCGGACUCCGACAGAAGUGGGCGGAGCUGUGGAUGGGUCAGAAGUGGAGCUCCCUGAGGGCUGCAGCUCCAUCCUGGUCUGCACAGGAGUGUACAGCAGAGACCAGCAGGAGGCGCCCUCCGACGUCUUCCACGGUCACCGGGACUUCAGCUUCGACCCGGGCCUCCUGCGGCCGUCCUUCGUGGUCCACGACGUGAAGGAGGCGCUGGAGCUGGUGUUCCAGCGGGAGGGCCGGCCGCUGGAGUAGCCUCACAGGAGCAAACCCAGAAGGCCUCUGAUGUUUACCAGAGCAGAGAACCUGUCGCAACGAGCAGUUUUAGCCCAAAAAUAUAGAAAUCAGGAAUAAGUCAUAUUCAAAUGAAGAACUUUAUUAUUUUUUUAACUCACAGAGGGGAAUCCUAACUCAGAUUUGUAACAAACAUUAGCUUGCAGUCAGAUGUUUAAACUAAGAAAAUGCCCAGAAGAUGUUAAAAAAGGCACAAAGUUUCCCUGCGGAGGUGAAGAUGGAUAUCUGGUAUUAUAACAGUCUGUGAGGCUUUACGGAUGGCAUUCAUGAAACUUCUGAAGAGAAGAAAAUUCGGUUUACUUCAUUCAAAGAGCAAUCCGUGCAAUAUGAGGCACUUUAUUGUGAAGGGACAGAAGCGUGAAAAAAGAGUGAAAAAUUCUGAAAGCCUGUAAAAGUUGUAGGUCUAAUAAAAGAACUUCCAUGUGGAGAGAUCUCCACUGCAGUUAUGUUCAGCAACAGUCAGGAAUAUUAACAAAAAGCACUCAAGCUUUUCAAAAUAAAAGCUUAAAUACUGUUUUCCACUCUCCUCAGCUUGCUCUGCACCCACACUUUUUGUCUGGUGGGGGGCUGACAUGGAUGGGGAGGGUGCUGCCCUUUAACGGCAGGGCGCUCUGCGGGGCGUCCUCCGCCGCCAUGGCGGCGCCAUUGCGAGCCAUGAGCUCCCGAGCCAUCAGGAUGAAGGCGGCCUCCACGUUCUGGGCCUCCAUGGCGGAAGUUUCCAGAGCCGCCAGCACGCUGUUGUUCUCCGCCAGCGUGCACGCGUCCUCAAACAGCACCUGUCGCUUCAGGUGCAGGUCCGACUUGUUCCCUGCAGCACGGCAAAAAAUUGCACUUUUUACUGAGUCAGCAGAAUGCAAAAGAUUAAAUCUUUCACCUUAUGUUUGUGAACACGCGUGUGCACAUUUAUGGAAAAACUAACUAAAACAAAAGAAAAAAAGUGAGUAAAACUCUUCAUUUUCUCAGGUUUGCUUUUAAUAUUUUCUCUAGAUCUUUGAUGUUUUUUACUCUAGAAAAUGAUCACGUUUUUAACGUUUGCGAUGAGUUCCUGCAGAGAUGUGCCUCAAUUUUUAACUGUUCUAUAAAAAACGUCCUUAAAGAUGAUAUACUCUGGAUUCCAUCUCAGUUUGAGUGUUUUAGGGCAGAAAUGCUGGAAAUGUCUGCAAACGU